GAACAUAACAAAUUUAUUCCAAACCAACCGUUAAUAACUGUUUUUCCCUCCAAAUAGAGAAGCCAUAGAAAAUAUGAGAGCAAAAAAAGAAAAAGAAAAAAAAUCAGCACCCUUUCUCUCUUUGCCUGUUUAUGCAAUAAUCUUCUCUGGUUUGACUUAACAACUAGCUCCUCUGCUGCUUCAAGAUGGGAAGGGUGGUGGUUUAUGUCCUCAUAACCAUAGCCUUUAUUGUCUUCAUGACCUUUUCUCCCAUCAACAACCACGGUCGUACCACUCCUGGCCUCAACCGCCGUCUUGGUUCCAAAUUUUCAAUGCCAGAUUUUGAUCCAUUAGUCGUAAAAAUGCAGAGAUUAGCCGAGGAAAAAGGUUACACCGGCGAGGGUGGUGCGAUAAAUUUGGAAAACAAUGGCUAUGCCAAAGAGGUUGAGGAUGCUGAUGAGUAUCUAAGUGAUGAUGGAAGGUUAAACAUUACCUUAAGGUUACUUGUUUUAUUCCCAUUGUUAGACAAGAAACCUAGAGAUGGGUUGAUCAGCUUCGAGGAGCUAGAGGCAUGGAAUGUUGAGCAAGCUAGAGAACGCUUAGCUUAUAGGACACAGAGAGAAAUCCAAUCUCGGGACAAGGAUGGAGAUGGAGCAAUUAAUUUCAAGGAAUAUUUGCCUCAAUUUUCCAAUGAAGAUAUAGAGAGAAAUGAAAUGGGGCAUGGUGAAGCUGGAUGGUGGAUGCAACAAUUUAGGAAUGCAGACGUUGAUCGAAAUGGAACCCUAGAUUUCGAUGAGUUUAACAACUUCUUGCAUCCCGAAGAUAGUAACAAUAAAGAUAUCCAAAAAUGGAUUUUGAGAGAGAAACUCAAAUGCAGGCGGAUGGAUGAUGAUCGUGACGGGAAACUCAACUUAGCAGAGUUCUCUAUGUACGCUUAUGAUGGUAAUUACAAGAGCUACGCAGAAUUUGAACCUAAUGUAGCUAGAGUUGGCACUGCAGAAGAGAAAUUUCUUGAGCUUGAUGUGAACAAAGACAAUUUUUUGUCGGAGGAGGAGCUAAUACCCAUGAUCCCGUACCUCAAGCCUGGAGAACUAUCGUAUGCUAAGCAUUACACCAGCUACUUGAUUCAUGAGACUGAUGAGAAUGGAGAUGGUUAUUUAUCUAUAGAUGAAAUGCUGAAUCAUGAAUAUACAUUCUAUGGGACAUUUUUCCAAGACGAUGAAGAUUAUGACGAUGAGUUCCAUGAAGAACUGUAAAUGUUUCUAUCAUCCAUUAGAUGUUAAGUAGCAGCUCGGUCGCCAUGGAAAGUUUUCUCUUCUUUUGUUACUCGAUACCACCAUGUAAAGUUUUAUGCUUUCGAAGAGCAAUUGAAAUCUGAUAUGUGGUGAUUUUUCAA